UUGCAGAUGCAUCCAAGACGAGGAGCUGGCAAUUAUUGGGUUGUACGGUAUGGGGGUGCCGGGAAAACUACCCUCAUGACCAAAGUCAAUAAUGAGUUCAUCAGAGCGAGCAAGAUCUUUGAAAUCGCCAUUUGGGUAGUAGUAUCCAGGCCAGCAAGUGUGGAAAAAGUACAAGAAGUCAUUCGCAACAAGUUAGACAUUCCUGAAGACAGAUGGAGAAACAGAACCGAGGAUGAAAAGGCAGUAGCAAUUUUCAAUGUCUUGAAGGCAAAAAGGUUUGUGAUGCUGCUAGAUGAUGUAUGGGAGCGGCUUGAUCUCCAAAAAGUGGGGGUUCCUUAUCCUAAUUCCCAAAACAAGUCCAAAGUAAUAUUAACAACCCGUUCUCUGGAUGUUUGUCGGGAUAUGGAAGCUCAAAAAAGCCUUAAGGUGGAGUGUUUGACAGAAGAUGAGGCUAUUUAUUUGUUCAAGAAGAAGGUUGGAGAGACUGCUAUAAAUUCACAUUCGGAUAUACCCCAACUUGCUGAAAUUGCUGCUAAAGAAUGCCAAGGCUUACCACUUGCAAUCGUCACUAUUGGGCGAGCUAUGGCUGACAAGAAGACUCCACAAGAAUGGGAGCAAGCAAUCCAAAUGUUGAAGACUUAUCCAUCGAAGUUUUCAGGUAUGGGAGCUCAUGUAUUUCCGGUCCUCAAAUUCAGUUACGAUAACUUGCCAAAUGACACCAUCAAGACUUGUUUUUUAUAUCUUGCUAUAUUCCCAGAGGACCAUGAAAUUUGGGAUGAGGAUCUUAUAUUCCUUUGGAUUGGAGAAGGGUUUUUGGAUGGAUUUGUUAGCAUAGAUGAAGCAUUAAACCAUGGGCACCACAUCAUUGAGCAUCUAAAGACAGUAUGUCUAUUCGAGAAUGCUGAAUUUGAUAGGGUUAAAAUGCAUGAUGUCAUUCGUGAUAUGGCUUUAUGGUUAGCUUCAGAAUAUAAGGGCAAUAAGAACAUAAUCUUGGUAGAAGAAGUUGAUACUAUGGAAGUUCACCAAGUUUCAAAGGCGAAAGAGGCACAACGGAUAUACCUGUCGACAAGUAGUUUGGAAGAACUCACUAUACCACCAUCUUUUCCCAAUCUCUUGACUUUAAUUGUUAGGAGUAGAGGCCUGAAAACAUUUCCGAGUGGAUUCUUCCAUUUCAUGCCGGUUAUAAAAGUUCUGGAUUUGUCAAAUGCUGGAAUAACUAAAUUACCUACUGGAUUUGGUAAAUUAGUUACAUUGCAAUAUCUCAAUUUGUUAAAUACGGAUCUAAGAGAAUUGUCUGUGGAGCUUGCAACUUUGAAAAGACUAAGAUAUCUACUAUUUGAAGGUAGUCUUCAAAUAAUUUUUAAGGAAGUAAUAUCACAUCUCUCAAUGUUGAGAGUUUUUAGUAUAAGAGUUAAAUAUAUGUUGUCAAAAAGAAAUUAUAUUUCAUCAUCCACAGAGGAGGAAGCCAAUUAUUCAAGGAGGGAUGAUAAGGCUAUUUAUUUACAUGAGGAUAAUAAAGCAUUAUUAGAGGAGUUAGAAGGGUUGGAGCACAUAAAUUGGGUCUCUUUGCCCAUUGUAGGUACUUUGUCUUUCCAAAAGUUAUUGAACUCCCAAAAAUUGCAGAAUGCUAUGAGGCGUUUACACCUUUGGAACUUGGAAGGUAUGAGCAUACUCCAAUUGCCAAGAAUCAAACAUCUACAUAGCCUUGCAAUAUAUAGAUGUGGGGAGCUACAAGACAUAAAAGUCAAUCUAGAAAAUGAGAGGGGUAAACAGGGAUUUGUAGCAGAUUAUAUCCCAAACUCAAUUUUCUACAACCUCCGAUGGGUACAUGUUAAUCAACUUCCAAAGUUGCUGGACUUGACAUGGCUUAUUUACAUCCCAAGUCUUGAACAUCUUAGUGUAUAUCACUGUGAAUCCAUUGAAGAAGUGAUAGGUGAUGCGAGUAGGGUCCCUGAUAAUCUUGGCAUAUUCUCAAGACUUGAAAGUAUGAACUUUUAUCACCUACCAAAUCUAAGGAGCAUAAGUAGACGAGCCUUGCCAUUUCCUUCCUUGAAAACCCUCUGCGUCAUGGAAUGCCCAAACCUAAGGAAGCUGCCAUUGGAUUCAAACAGUGCAAGAAACGGUUUAAAGAGGAUUCGAGGGGAAUCAAAGUGGUGGCAAGGGUUGCAGUGGAAGGAUGAAACCAUUCAACUCACUUUCACUCCCUACUUUAAAGAGUGGUAGUGAAGAAAUGAGAAGAUGACCUUCUCCCAUGCUCUCUUUGCAGGAUAAGAUUUUGAAGAAUGGUCGGACUCAACUGAAACUUCUUGCAAAUGUUUGAAUUUCUGGAUGCUAAGUGUGCACAGGGUGGAUUGCAGAAAUAAACAUCCAAAGAGACAAAAAUAAAAAAAUAAAAUAAAUUCCUUUUGUGCUUAUGUUGUGUGUAAAGUUGAGUGAAAACAACUCUUGUAUAUUUGGAUUGUAUGUAAGGUGCCAUACCAUGAAGCUACUGUAAUUUUUAUUCGCUUUAAUUGAUUGGAGUGCUUGUAUUAAGAAUGACAAUUUCUCAACUUGGGAUUUGAAAUAAAUUUUAGGUAAUACUUCACCAA